GAUUUUUCACGCUGCCAUUUUGUCCGGCAGAGAAGCAGCCAGCCAGUCAAGGCAGUCAGUCCGCAAAGAGAAAGCACCGGAGAGACUUUCUGAGACAGCAGCGCAGGACGGGACUGUCGGGGGGAGCGAAACAUACAAAAAACGAGCCGAUAAUGUGGAGUGGACAGCGGGAGGACAGCACCGACUGAGGCCGAGGACUGUGAGGGGAAACACCCGCGCUGAGGGAGCUGUCAUUUUGAACUUAACGGCUCCGCCGGCUCCGCUCAGACUACAGCCGCUCGCGCUCGCUCUCUCGCUGGCUGGCAGGCUAGCUAACCCCGCUAGCUUCCUCGGCUAACACCCGCCGCUCCUCGCAGCUCGUCUCGCCGGGAGAAACCGCACCUGUCCCGGCUGUCAGUCACGCAGUCUCCUCUUGAAAGCUCCAAACGAUGCGCUGCUCAAUUCUUGGUGACUUUUUACACCCAAGAGGGGGUUCAAAACACACUUUGCCGAGCGACGAGUGAUAGCUAAAGACACCAAGCUAACUAACAAGUUGACGUGGAGGAGGAACUCGAGUUUUUUUUUUCUCCCUUUGGCGUUCUCCAAGCUUUGAUUUCACACGGAUUACUCUUUGUUUUUCUGUCCUUUCUCUUCGCCCGAGGUGGUCCCGAACCAAUCGUCCAGGUUACACACAAACCAGCCAAGUUAGCUAUGUUUAUUUGUGGCCAGAAAGUAAUUAACAGUGUUUACAAAAUCCACAGUGGGACUCUUUCCUGGUUCGAGUGCUGCAACGGAAACAUUAGCUAACACAGACUAGCUCAGAUUAGUGUCGUCGUGUUUUGUUUACUAGAUAGAGGAACAAGUUGCCAAACAAUUUAAACUGCAAUUAGUCUGUUGAUUGUGGUUUUCUACCUGUAUUUCUUUUGUUUGUUUAUUUGCUUUUGCCGCCAGUGAUUUGACAUUACUGCAGAGGAGACCGCACAGGUUUUAUACGCACCUGGAGAGAGAGAAAACUCAACAGUGGGUGUCUGAUCGCAGCCCCCCCUUUUUUUUACCUGCUCUUUGACAGGGAAGUCACGUUGAGUUGUCGCCCCGCAGGGAGUUGAUCCAUUGAUCGUUAUUGUGCUAUUUUAGCUGAUCGAGGUGGGAAAAGAAAAGUAGAAGCGAUGUCGGGCCAAUCUAUCACGGAUCGGAUCGCAGCAGCGCAGCACAGCAUGACCGGGUCGGCGAUCAGCAAGGCUGUGUGCAAAGCCACCACACAUGAAGUGAGCGGACCCAAGAAGAAACACCUUGACUAUCUGAUUCACUGCACCAAUGAGAUGAACGUGAACAUUCCCCAGCUGGCAGACACGCUGUUCGAGCGCACGGCCAACUCCAGCUGGGUGGUGGUCUUCAAAGCCCUUAUCACCACCCACCACCUCAUGAUGUACGGCAACGAGCGUUUCAUCCAGUACCUGGCCUCCAGAAACACUCUGUUUAACCUGAACAACUUCCUGGAUAAGGGAGCUCUGCAAGGUUACGACAUGUCAACCUUCAUCAGACGAUACAGCCGUUACCUGAACGAGAAGGCCAUGUCCUACAGACUGGUGGCUGUCGAUUUCACCAAGAUGAAGAGGGGGAUUGACGGUGUGAUGCGUACCAUGAACACAGAGAAGCUGAUUAAGACGCUGCCCAUCAUUCAGAACCAGCUGGACGCUCUGCUGGAUUUCCAGGCCAACCCUAACGAGCUGACCAACGGAGUGAUCAACUCAGCCUUCAUGCUGCUUUUUAAAGACUCCAUAAGGCUGUUUGCUGCUUAUAAUGAAGGGGUCAUCAACCUACUGGAGAAAUACUUUGACAUGAAGAAGAACCAGUGCAAAGACGCUCUGGACAUCUACAAGAAGUUUCUUUACAGGAUGACAAAGCUGUCAGAGUUCCUCAAAGUGGCCGAGCAAGUUGGAAUAGAUCAGGGUGACAUCCCAGAUCUCUCACAGGCCCCCAGCAGCCUCCUGGAGGCUCUGGAGCAGCACCUGGCCUCUCUGGAGGGCAAGAAGACCAAGGAACUGAACGCAGACACCAGAGCGUCCACCCUGUCCAGCGCCGUCUCGUCUCUCUCCUCCACCGGCAUGUCCUUCAGCCGCAUGGACGAGAAGGAGAAGCAGCAGGCCCUGGAGGAGGAGCAGGCCAGACUGCAGGCUCUCAAGGACCAGCGCCUGAAGGAGAUCAGCAUGCAGACUCCGCCCUCUGCCUCCCCCAGCAGCCAGUCGAUAGGCAGCGCCAACAACAACCACAUCACACACACCCCGGAGUUGUUCACCUCCACGCUGUCCGCCAACAGUGUGCCCAAUCUGAACAGUGACCUGUUUGAUCUUCAGCCGGCCUUCAUCCCCGCUGUGCAGAGCACUCCUUCGAUCUCCACCGCCAACAGUGCCUGGGGAGGAAUGGAGAGCCAGCCUCUGCAGCAGACCGCUCCAGCCAUGACAGUAGAUUUCGAUGCUGUGUUUGGGAAUAAAGCCACGCCCAGUAACAACGGCCCACAACCUGCAGCCGGUUUCGACGCUCUAGGUGACCUGUUGAAGCCUACGAUUCCCACGCACACCGCACCACCUCCUCCACCUCCUCAGAUGGCCAUCCAUCCCGGAGGAAAGCUGCUAGCCAACGACCUCGACUCGUCUCUGGCCAACCUCGUGGGCAAUCUGCAGUUCGGUGGGACCCCAGCCAAGAAUUCGUCCAUCUUCAGGCCAGAGAUGCACUGGAGCCAGCCCGGAGAGAAGAAGCUGACCGGAGGCCAGAACUGGCAGAAUAAGACCAUGUCGACCACACAGUGGGGCCCGGCGCCGAUGGCCCCACAGCCCAUGCCUGUACAACAUGUGGCUCCAGCUCCCAUGGCUUUUCCCAUGACCACACCGCAAGUGCCUGUGUAUGGAAUGGUUCCUCCUCAGAUGGGUCAGAUGGGCGGGGUACCAGUGAUGGCUCCUCAGCCAAUGAUGUACAACCAGCCUGUUCUCAGACCCACCAAUCCCUUCGCCCCCAUGCCCGGAGCCCAGAUGCAGUUUAUGUAAUCCAGUCGGGGGGGAAAGCAGAGUGCCAAAAGCGACAAACAAACAGCAGAAGAAAACACACGAGAGGAACGAUCAGACGGAGGAAUGAUUUGAUCAAACGACUAAGAGACAGACAGACGACAAGAUAACCGACCGACACCAAAAAACAAGAUGGAAGGAGAAGAAGGAGGAGGAGGAGGAGACGACCGAGCAGAGGAUGGAGGGAUGGAGGGAGGGAUGUGGUGGGGAGGAGGUCAUCCUGGCUGAUCGUUGUCUGAAACAACUUUGUGUGUGUGUGUCUGUGUGUGUGUCUGUGUUCGUGUGUGUAGCUUCUUUCUGUUUAAAAUGUCUAAUUCGUGGUUUAAAUCCUGUCGAUGGAGUAACGAUUCAGGAGAGGGGAUAAGCAGAAAGAUGUGAAGGAAAGGUGGAAGGAGAGAAGAAGGAGGGGAUUGAGGAAAUCCUACCUCUAGUUUUGUGAGAGUCUCUGCUGCAGAAUUAGCUUUAUUUCAUACUGGUGCUAUUUUGUCCUCUCUGGGUUACCGUCCGCCUGCAACGGCAACGUGGGAGCUCUCUGGCGGGGACAAGUGUUCGUUUCGUGUGAGAGAAAGUGGACAAAUGUGUGUUUGUGUGCGCGAAGCAGUUGUUGCAGACAAUACGUUCGCCAACCGACCUCCUCUCCAACCCCGUCGUUCGCCGUCUGCGUCCACUGCCGUCCAAUCAGCGAGAGAUUUAGUGGCCAAUCUUCUCAAGUCCCAUAAUUUUCCGCUCUGUUUGGGUAUCUUUGUAUUUUUCGAUCUGUUUUCUUCUGCAGCCUCACCUGAAUGUUAUCGGGGCUUGUACAGCGAUUUGUUGAGCAUUUGUUGAUAGUAGUUGAGCAUUUGUUGUUAUGGGUUUUGAGCUUAAGUCUUUGUUACUCAUACUGCAUUGUUUUCUUCUAAAGCUACAGAUACACACAGAGAAACAAGGGUUAGUGGUGCUAAUGCUAGCAUGGUACAAAGUCAUCUGAAGUAUAUGUGAACAAAAAUUUAUCAUUUAUCAUCUUGUUUAUCAUUUUGUUUAAUAAAGAUUAAUAACGGAGAAGGUUUAGCUAGCUAGUAUGUUAGCUUGCUAAUAUAACUAGCUUGAUUCCCAACGAGACAGUAGAUAAAUAUUAAUAAAUAAAUAAAAUUGAAAGUUGAGCCAAACCGGAGCUAGCUAGCUUCCUCCAAUUUUGACUCUCUGUUCCCCUCAAAGUUAAGCACGGUUGACUGUUUAUUUGUUGCCAAAACGCUAGCAAAUUUCUCUUAAAAAUGACUACUCGCAGUGCUACCUGGCAAAUUAUUGUAGUUGGCAAGCUAACCACUAGGAACAUGCUAGUUAUCUGACUGUCAGUUAGCAAGAUAUUUAGCUUUGUUGCUAACGGGACAGUCAGUACAUACAGUAUAUGAAAAAGAAAUAUUUUGGUCCACAAAUGCAUCCUCUUUUGUGGGGCAGAUUUACUCCAGAUGGCUUGCUUUUGGUCAACAGAAACAAUAUGUAUGUCAAAGUUUACAAAAAUUGAGUUGCACAGAUUAAUUUCACCAUUUUAAAUGCUGGCCUCGACCAUGCAGACAUCAUUUAUACGUGUUUAUCUGGAGAUUUUGGCAUCCAUUGGGCUAAAAUGGAAGAAACAACAAAGUGUUCAUUAGCAUUAUUAGCCUGCUAGCUGCCUGCUAGCACCUAGCUGACCUGUGUGUAACUGUUCCUUUUGUCUUCAUCAGCUCACCAACCAGAUUCAGAUGUCAAAGGUUUUCUAAACUAAGAGCUUCUUCAUUAGGUACUCCCUGUUAGCAGAUCCACAUUAUGUGCCAAUGAUUGAUCACAGCAGCACUGAGUGAGUGAUAAAACGUUACUGAAUCGAGUUGAAUUCACUUUAAAUUGCACUGAAUCAAAGUGAGUGGCUGUGAGUGUGACUCCGUCUGCACCGAGAGCCAAGCGACGAUGAACGUUUGGCAUCACAGGAAACAAAAAAAAUUGGGGGGGGGGAUCAAAUUUGACAAAUUUGAGGUCACGGCCAUCUCCUCAGCCAAAGCAUCCGUCACUAUGAGUUUGACUGUUGGUAUACGUGUGUUCACGUGUGUGCGCUUACACAUCUGUGUGUUUGUUUUUCCAUUGAGGGCUAUUUCUGAGGGUCAAAUAGUGUCAAAUUUUUCGAGCCAAAUUUGAGCCAGCGAGUUUGACACGAAAUGUGCUUUUUGUUUGGUUUUUUUGUUUGUUUUUGUAAAGUAAAAAGUUAAAAAAAAAAAAAGUUUUGUUGCAAAAUGCACAUGCGAAGAUUUUGCACUGAAGUGACUAUCCUGCCGUUAGUGGAGCUGUGGAAGAAAGGAGUCGAGAAAGAAGAUCUGAAGUUUGUAGAAAUCUUUUGGGGGGGUUUUACAAUAAGAUGUUUGUCUAAUCUACCAGCCACUGUGGCAGGUAACUAAAGUUAUUUUUCUGCCAUUCUAACGAUGAACUUGAAUCUUUUUUGUAGUCCCAUCCCCCCCCACGGUCCCAGUCCCAGUGUCGACAUCCCAGCCACCAGUGAUAGUUCAGUCACCACGCUCAUCAUCCAACAUCUCUUGAAUCUCGCUUCAGUCUCUCAGCUCUGUCUAGUUGGUCUAUCUCUAGAAUGCUUUUUUAGCCUGCCUCGUCACUGUUUGGUGUGUGUAGAUAUGUAAAAGAAUAAUAGUAAUACUAGCUAGUUUCUGUCUAGAGUGUCUGCUCCCACCCAUCACUGUCGCUGUUGGAUAGAUAAUUGCUCUAAGACGCUUCUUGUCGCAGUCUUGUGUUAGCUUAGCCUCUCGUCAUAGUAGCCCUCCUGCAGUAGGUCUCCCACCUUGUCCUCACCUCUGCCAGUGUCUAGUAACUAUAGCUCUAUUAUCUCUCUUGGUGUCUCUGUCCUUUAGCUGUAGACGAAACCUUUCGGAGGCUCUCUCUCCGGCUCAGGCUUUGUGGUUCGCUUUUUUCUAGCUUCGAGCGCACUCUUUCUUCUCGACGUUAGCAUCGCUCCAGUGUCUGGUAGAUAAGGUCCGCGUCACGUUUUUUUUUUUCUUUCCCUGGCCAUCUCCGCCUCUCGCUAUGAUGUCAGCAGGCUCCAAACGGUCUCUCCGGUUGGACUGUCGAACCUAGGAUCAGAUGCUUGGAUGGAAGUCGAGCACAGUUUGUAGUCCAGCCAGGUUUGGAAAUGAGCUUUAGCUCGCUCAGUUAGCCACUUUGACAGUCACGCAGCUGUUGUUCAGGGGUACUUGUACAUGUUGUCCAGUAGGAAAAGAGUGGCGGGUAGCAAGGGAAUCCAUUAAUCACUGUUUCAAGUGCUGAUAUUAAGGAAACGUGUGGGAUAUCUUUGGUUUUUGUGUCCAACCAGUAAUGCUACAAGGAAUUUUUAAUGGAUGUCAUGAACAGAGAGCCGCUUUCUGGUGUCUCUGUGCUAAAACUGAACUUCUGCCAACAUGACACCGUCCUAACAGCCCAGUAUCACUGCAGUUUGUCCGACACUGAGAACAUUCAAUCAAUAGGAUUGUGACGCUUUGGGUUACGAGUUCAGAAACCCAAAAGCCAACUCCUCCCUGCUCCACCGGCACGCUUCAUAAACAUGGUGUUGGUGUCCAUGAAUCCUGUAGAUUUGACUCUGUGGCGAUUUGAUGAACUGCGGUGAUGCUGUGUUGCUCUAAACAUGGACUCUAUGGAGCUUCUCCAUCUUUAAAAAUCUGCCUCACCGGGCUCUAAAACACAGGUACCUUUUUUUAACUUUGAAUCCCAACUUGGACACUCAUGAAACUAUUUUCUUAAUGUCUGCGCUUUGGCACCAAGACGAGUUCUAAUUAUGGUUCUUUAUUUUCUGGGACAGCUGUCCAACUGUCUUUUAAUGCGGCGCGAUGAAUCGGCACUCGAGACAGAGAGGCCGCCGCCGUGGCGCCGAUCCAGAAUCACAUCAUCGUUGCCCUGGAUCUUAAAAAAAAAAACAGUAAAUCCCAUCAGGUUGAACUGUAGAUCUGAUCGCUCCUGAUGUUUGUAAUUGGCUCUUCAGAAUACAAAACGUGUUGGCGUCGGUAUGAAGGACGGAGGGAAUCGGUGCCAGGGUGUUUUGAUCGUUGUUGCCAACUUAGGAAUUCAAACAGCAUGAGAGCUGUUUGACUACCUUGUUCAGUGAGCUUACUUCUUUCAAGUUAAAUCCACAUAUUUGUGUUCUUCUCGGUCAGUUAUUAUCUGGUUCAGCUUUGUAAAACUUUCUCUGCAUGAUAUCCAGUUGAGGUUUUUCUUGUCUGUGUGUCUCAAGUGGUUUUUUGAAAAAUUUCGAGGUUUUAGGAGCGGAGAUUCCUACAUAAAUGUUACUGGCUCGUCUCCUCGGCGUUGAUGUAAGUGCCGGUAAUGAUCACAGCUUUAUCGCGUCGGUGAUUCGGUUUGGUUUUGGGUGUUUAUCCAGGGGAGGGGUUCGACCGAGCAUGCAGACGCUUUUUUGAAAUCGAGCCGGGACUUUUUCCAGGACAACCACUGUCGUCUUUUUGUUUCCUUUUUUUUUUUUUUUUUUUUUUUUUAAUGUUGGCUGCCCAGUUGGCACUUUUGGGAUCAAAUCUUUAAAAGCUGCUGCCACGCCUCUCUGCAUUGUUGUAGCAUGAAUCUCGUCGGGGGAAGGAAACGCAGACAAACCUUGAUGUCAUUUACAAAACGUCUGUUCUCUGCUAAGGCCAAGUGUUUCAAACAAAUCCGGAGAGCAGACUCUUUCCCCUCCCCCUCUGUCUCGGGGGAGGGGUCGGUCAGUGAGUGCAUGGUUGUAAUCGUUGUUUGUUGUUUUCCGAAAAAAAGCAUGACAAGUGAUGGUGAUGAUGAAGAUAAAUUCUCUCCUCUUGUUGUCCCCCGUUUUUUAAUGAAAACCGUCUUUGUCAGGCGCCCCGGAAAACACGUCGGAGGGCGGGAUGGAUGGAUCGCGCGCUCUCGACCGAUCAGGACUGAAUCCGACAGGCCGUUUUGUUACUUGUCGAGCCACUGUAGCAAAAAAAAAACGGAGCGCCAGAUUUUUUUUUUCUCCCCUUUACGUUUGUUUUUAUCUCUUCCCAAAGAUGUCACGUUUGUUAAACUCGCAGCACAGAUAUUCUCCGCCGUUGUGGCGCCACCCCCGAGAAUUCGGAAAAAAACCCACGAAAUGAACGGAAGAGAAGUUGGCUGUUUUUAACGGAUAAAUCUCCUCUUUUUUUUUUUUUUUUUCGUCAGUGAGUUGGUGUGUUGAAUCAAAGAUCUCUCGUGCACGUUCUGUUUUUUCUACAUCUGUGUUUUUUGGUAAAGAAACCCUCGGAUUGCUGCCUCACUAUUCUGUAUAUAGAGAAACACACACACACACACACUCACACACACUCACACAACACAGAGCUUAAAAACGACAUACUCUCAUAACCUGCGACUGCAUUAUUUUGCAUUUACUCUUUAUUUUUCUGAACAUGAAAGAUAUUAGCGUUCCUUCAGCAGUAUAUAGGUAUGAAUACUCCUCAGUAAGCGGGGACGGGCUGAACAGACAGACGAUUGCAGAUUUCGAGGGCUGCAGACCUCCCUGUACAUCAGGAUCAGCCAUGAAUUCUCAAUGAUGCCAAAUGUUUUUUGAGCAGAGUACACCUUUUAAUCUGUCUCUCUCUCUCUCUCUCUCUCUCUUUCUCUUCUCUGUCUCCUCCCCCCAUCUCUUUGUACAUUUUUUCUAUUUAUUUAAAGCAGAAAUAUAUGGAUUGUAUCAAGCAUGGAAAGGCAAAACAAACGUUACAGUCGACAAAAAUAAAAAGGAAAAAAAAUCACAGGCUUUUAUUUUACAGCAGUAUAUUUGUUUAUUCUAGGGAUCUGUUUUCUCUCUCUUUUUUUGGAAGAAAUAAAAAGUCAUUUUCCAUUCCUAAA